UCUUGUGAAUGUGUCGCCUGAGAUAUAAGCGUGUAAUUUAAACCACUUUUCUCAGUUGCUCGUGAACUUAGUCCGACUCCGGAUCACCGAGAAAGGAAUUGCAAAGAUGUCACUCGGUUUACUUCUAAUCCGUCGCGGCUUACUUUUCGCCAUCGUUCUAACGUGGGGGCAGUAUCCUGCUGUGGAAGCUGAUGACUACUUCAACGUUAUUGAAAGGCUUCACGAAAAUCUCCUAGCAUCUUACAACAAACAAAUUCGUCCUGUAAUAGAUCAUACCAAGGCGAUCAAACUUGAAGCCGGUCUGACGCUCACCAACUUUGAUUUCGAUGAAUUAGAAUCGAAGUUUUCAGCAAAAGGAUUCUUUUAUAUGCAAUGGAAAGAUCCCCGUUUUAUGUGGUCUCCUGCAGAUUACGAGGGUUUAAAAAGCAUCCAUUUGCCUAGCGAAAAAGUAUGGAAACCGGAUCUUGAGGUUUACAAUUCAUACGGAUCGCUAUCAAAUGAUCGCAGUUUUGCUUCCAAUGAUGUGUUAAUAACUUCCGAUGGCAGUGUUUAUUUCGUCCCCAUAAGCACGUUAGAUUCGAUCUGCAUUCCUGAUGCGACUUUGUAUCCAUUCGAUAGCGUAACAUGUACGACAAGUAUUGGCUCAUGGACGCAUAACGCACUUGAAAUCGACAUGAACACAAGAAAUAAUGCAACCACGGUGGAUGUUAAAGAUCUAAUAAGCCGAAGGAUGUCUCAGUGGAAAUUGAUGUCGACAAAUGUAUCCAUAGAAGUCAAAGUAUACGAGUGCUGUCCCGAACCCUAUGCAAGUUUGAGGUUAAGCUUUACAAUCCAGAGAUCGUUGUCGGCGUCUUCGGCUGUUAUUACGCCGACUGUCGUAAUCGCGAUCCUCACCCUGGCAACUUUCUUCAUACCUCCCGCGGUUGGUGCUAAGCUUGUCGUUGGAGUAUUAAAUGUGGUUGUGCACUGCGUUUUCUUGUUAUACUUGAAAACGAUAUUGCCUUCUGGAAGUAUCAAUACGCCCGUCAUUGUCUCCUUUUAUAGUGGAUCAUUGGUUACAGCUAUGGUUUCCAUUUUAUUUACCAUUUUGUCUCUACGCUGGACUCGAUUUCCAAAAUUAAUUCCACCGCCGACUAUGAUUCAGAACUGCUUAACUGGCCGAAUCGGCAUUAUGCUUGGCGUUGAACAUAAGUAUUCUGGCAACCGUUUUGCACAAAAGGAGCUUAUCGAGAAAAAUUCUCAGCAGUUUGUUUCAAGUGAUUCGGAAUCUCGGGAUGGCGAGAUUCAACUGGAAUGGCUCAGCGUUUGUUUAGCGCUGGAUCGCAUCAUGGUAUUCGUCUAUUGCACUUUUUUGGCUGUCUUGAUUUCAAGUUUCCUGUGUUGAAUUAACACAUUUCUGGGGGCUUCUACAUCCAUGUCCUUACUGUCCCAUAAUAUCUUCCAUUGACGCUUUUACUUUACAUUUAGGCUAUAGCACCAUUCAAAAUCAACAAUACCCUAACCAGCUUAAGUUUUGGGACAGAUACUGUAGUUGGAAGGACAAAGUUAUAAUUAUCAAAUUAUGUUAGCUCUUUAUUUUGGCAAUACACACAGAUUGAAUCUAAA